AUGGCUGGCAAGAAUAAAGUAACUCCCACCGCCCUCUCUUCUAUCAACAUCACUUUCCUUGGUACCGCAUCCGCUCAGCCAUCUUCAACUCGUAAUCAUUCAUCUCUCGCACUGCGUUUGGGAGGCGAUGUAUGGCUGUUCGAUUGCGGUGAGGCCACGCAACAUCAGAUCCAGAGAAGCGGGGUGAAGAUGGGGAGGAUCAAGAAGAUAUUCAUAACUCAUACGCAUGGCGACCAUAUAUUCGGCUUAUUGCCUUUGAUGGCGAGCAUCAUGAAUGGUGCCGGAGGCACGGUGGAAGGCCUGGAAGAUGAAAGGAACCAUGCUACGGAUUAUCGUGAGGUGAGUCCGUUGGAAAUAUACGGUCCCCUCGGUACCAGGGCCUAUAUUCGCAGUGGCCUAACGUAUACCCAUACCAUCCUGGGCGCUCCAUAUGUCGUACAUGAACUACGCUUUCCGAUAGACCCUGCUGUGGGAGAUUACACCGAAAUGCUAAGCCUGGCGACAGAACUAGCAGGUCAAAAUAUCCCUGAAGACAAUGGGAUCUGGCCGAACAUAUACCAAGAUUCUCUCGUAUCCGUCUCCGCUGCGCCGAUCCUCCACUCUGUUCCCUGUGUUGGUUACGUCGUGACCGAGAAACCAGUACCCGGGAAGAUGGACCCGAAGCAAUAUGUGCCUCACAUCAAAAGGACGAAUACCCCCAUGGCUGUUAUGAGUCGGCUGCAACAGGGAGAGACGGUGACUCUGUCGGACGGCACGGUCCUUCAUGGCCCUAGUCGACGGCCGGGUCGAAAAAUCGCAAUCCUGGGCGACACCUAUGAUCCUUCCCCCCUAGCGAAGUUAGCAGCUAACGCGGACAUCCUCAUUCAUGAGGCGACGAACGCACACCUACCCGGCGUGGAUUCGGACACGAAACCAGAAGACUCAUACGAAACGGUCGAAAUCCGCGCCAAGUCUCGAGGGCAUUCUACCCCGCAGAUGGCUGGGGCAUUCGCAAACCGCGUAGGCGCUUGCAGACUGCUCUUGAAUCACUUCUCUGCUAGGUAUCCAGGAAACGACGACGUCGACGAGGAGGCUCGGCGGAUGAUGGGUGCUAUCAAAGCACUGGCCGCGGAAGAAUUCCGCGGAGAAAUUAUCUGUGCUCGAGACCUGAUGAGCAUCGAAGUGCAGCUCAGGGCGCUGUCGGAUUAA